AUGAGAUGUAUUGUAACAGCUCACGAUCAUCAUCUUUAAAAAAAGGAAAAACAGCUCACGAUCAAAAUCAAAAACAAAAUUAUUUUGUGAAGCGGACCUUUUGAGGUAUCAUCGAUGGCGAAGAAAGCAGUAUUGAUCGGAAUCAACUACCCUGGAACCAAGGCGGAGCUACGAGGCUGCGUCAACGAUGUUAAGAGGAUGCACAAGUGCCUAGUCGAUCGGUUCGGUUUCUCCGAGAGAAACAUCACUGAGCUGAUCGAUACCGACAACUCUUCCACCAAACCUACAGGCAAGAACAUCAGACGUGCGUUGUUGAAUCUAGUUGAGUCGGCUAGAUCUGGCGAUGUUCUCGUUGUUCAUUACAGUGGACAUGGGACGAGGUUGCCGGCUGAGACAGGGGAAGAUGAUGAUACUGGUUAUGAUGAGUGUAUUGUUCCUUGCGAUAUGAAUCUCAUUACCGAUGAUGAGUUCAGGGAGCUUGUGGAGAAGGUGCCAAAAGAUGCACAGAUUACAAUCAUCUCAGACUCUUGUCACAGUGGUGGUCUCAUUGAUGAAGCUAAGGAGCAGAUAGGAGAGAGCACAAAGAAGGAUAAGAAAGAUAAAAAUGAUAAGAAGGAUAAAAAGGAUAAGAAAGAUAAGAAGAAGUCAAAGAAAGACUCUGGAACCUCUUCAAGAUUUGGAGUCAAAGACUUGGUCAUUGAGGCUGUAGAAGAAGCAUUUGAAUCUAAAGGGAUCCACAUUCCUCAUCACAGAGAUGAGAAACAAGAAGCCAAGGUUAAAGAGGUUGAACUAGACAAUGAUGAAAAAGUCCAUGUUGUGAACAAAUCUCUUCCUCUACAAACCCUAAUCGAUAUCCUCAAGCACGACACCGGGAACAAUGAUAUCGAAGUUGGCAAAAUCAGACCAACACUUUUCAAUGUGUUUGGAGAAGAUGCUUCUCCAAAGGUGAAGAAGUUCAUGAAAGUGCUUCUAACGAAGCUACAAGAAGGUAAAAGUGAAGGUGGAAUAUUGGGAAUGGUUGGGAAACUAGCUCAAGAGUUUCUUGAACACAAGCUGAACAAUGAUGAAGAGUAUGCGAAGCCUGCGAUGAAGACACAUGUGGAGAGAAAGCAAGAUGUCUAUGCAGGUGCAAGCAAUGGUUCUCUUGCGGAUAAUGGUAUUCUAAUAAGUGGUUGUCAAACCGAUCAAACAUCUGCAGAUGCGAGUCCUGUGGGGAAACCUGAACUGGCUUAUGGAGCAUUUAGUAAUGCUGUGCAGAUCAUACUUGGGGAGACAAAAGGUGAGAUUACAUACAAGGAACUUGUUAUGAAAGCAAGAAAGCUUCUUAAGAAACAGGGCUAUGCUCAACGACCGGGGCUGUAUUGUAGCGAUAAGUAUGUGAAUGCUCCGUUUAUUUGUUAAGGGUUGGUACUCAACAAAGUAUGUGGAGUUACGUGUUGAAUAAGUUAUGUGAUUUCUUUGUUGUUAUGUUAUUGUAACUUUGAUUUGAAUGUCAAGCGUUCAUUGUCCAUUGGUUCUUUUAAUUUUUUUACCUAUUUUUAUUAAAUUCUCAAAUAUUAUUUCUGAGAACUGUGCUUGCUGAGAAAAAUAUUCUUUUUUUUCUUAACUUUGUAUGUUUUGGACAUGCAUAUAUCAUAUAUGUCCACUAAGGAAACGUUUAAGACCAAAGCAGAGGAAGUUUUUUUUUUUUUUUGACGAAACCAAAGCAGAGGAAGUUUCUUGUUAGAUAAUAUAAUCUUACAUCUUCUUGCCAAUUUACCAUGUGAUAUACACAAGCCUGAUACUAAGAGUAAGAAAAAAAAUAUUAAGCCUAAAGUUCAGAAUUAUCAAAGAAUUGAUAAAAUAACUAAGACGGUCUUGCCAAUCUUUAUUUCCCUUUAAUUUAACAAUAAAUAAAUAAACGGCAUGGAGGAACUUGGUUGCAGAGCUUGGAGGGUUGGACUUGGUGUAUGUCUUCUGAUAGGUUCCAUACCUUAGACGUUCCCGAAGAAGAAGUUAAUAUGGCCAUUGACUAUAAAGUGACGUGGUGGCAGGGAGAGGCAAAGACUCGGUCUCUGUUUGAGGCUUUGCCGUUGAAGCUUUUCUCUUCUAUAUAACGUAGUCCUCCUUAUUACGAGUUCUUCAUGUUGAAUGAUGUUGUAAGUGUGAGACGCCAUGAGUCUCCCUUCAUCACGAUCGCCAUGAGAUCGUGAUUGAAUCUUCAGACACGGAUCGCCAUGAGGUCAUGAUCUGAGAUUCACUUAUUCAGCUUAUCCUUUUAUCCUUUUGUUUGUAAACGUUGGUUUUGGUUUCAAUAAGAUCGAGAGUUCUUUAC